GAGCUUUGUAGACCAGUAGUCAUUUAUACAUUUUGGUUUAUUCCAGGUUCAUCGCUGGAUGAAAACUCCGUGUCAGCCAUUCCGUCAUCUCCUGAGGACAUCAAACCUGUGAUUCAUGUCGACAAGGGCAGUCCCUGUACAAACACACUGACCCACUCUCCCUCCCCAGUACCAAAAGCACUCCCUGCCCCAGAGGUGCUACAACAGCAGCAGCAGUUCACCGAUUUUACCCGCCCUUCCAGCCUACACAUACCCGAAGACAGCAAACCUUUAAUUUUGGCAUCAACUAACGACAACAUCUCGUGCUCAGCUCCCUCACAUUUGAAGUUGCCCAGCGCACGUGCAAUGCACAUGGACAUGCGAUACAGCCCAUACACCAGACCUCCUUACUCAAUGAGCGGUAUGCCAUCCAGUUUCCUCACGCCACACGCCCACGGUCACAUGUACCCGUCGUACAGCGUACCACAAGCUGCCUACCCAUCGUGCCAAGUGGGCCAGACCUACCCACCAUGCACAGCAAAUCAACAAAGUUUCGGCUACCCCGCUACCGUCUCCUCAUCCAGCAUGAUCGGGCUGGCCAGCGGCAACGUAAGCUCGGAUCUAACACCGACAUUGGACCUGCAUGGACCAGCGGACAGGACGCCAGGAAUGGAGCACAGAACGACAUGAACACAGACAAAUAAUUCUCGUAUGAAGAUGCUCUAUAUAGAAUAAGGUGAUAACCAGUAAUUUAAGGAAUUGCUUUGACGCAAUCAGAACACUCUUCUGCUAUGGCAAGUAAUAGUAGUAAUUAAGCAGUUUAUUUAGAAAUAUGAUUAUACGAUGUGCUUUGACUAUAUACCCAACACACCGAUCACUUUAUAUUCUUAAGUUAUUUGUUGUGUAGUCCGACUUUAUAUACAUACUGUACAACCGACCUCGUGUUACAUCGAGGUCCGAUUCAAGAACUUUGCAUUACACAAAGCAUAAGGUGAACGAUAUAAAUACAAUACAGGAAUUAGAAAACUCGAUUCAUUACAAAAGACAUUGGCCCUUAAAAUGCAUCACAAGCGAAAUACACGCCGGAGAGCGUUGAAAGGGAAAUAUAAAUAUACUACCACUUGUUCUUCUUAUAUGUCAAAUAUGACGGGAAAUGAAUGCCAUUGGUAUUCAAUUAAAGAUGGAUGCCGUGGAGGUUACGCGUUUGACAAGCCUGUUAGGUCACGUGCUGAAGCAAGUUUUGAGCCAAGUGCUUUAAGCUUUAGAUUUCUCGUUUUCUGGGGUGUUGUUGAUUGGUAGAUUAAUCCCCUGUUAUUGACAUCGUGAAAAUAAUUGCGAACAGUUGCUUUUUAGCAGUAAGAUGUAUUUAAGACAACGU